AUGGGACGUCUGGAAUAUAUUGAAUCCUCAUCAGAUGACGUAGGACAACAGAAGGACGGACAAAAAGGAGAUGAAGUUUUGGGGAAUCCCAAAGAAUCAGCUGACGUAAGAGUUAUAGAGCGAUUAUCUACAGGAGGUGAUUUGCAAGAAGAGACCGAUGUGGCAGAUAUUCGAAAACACGUUACUGGAAAAAGUCCUGCGAUGCAGGUCCUGUAUGAUAGGACCCGUUCACAUUAUGUUCUUGUUCAUUAUAACGCAAAACAUCAAAAAGUGGAAAUUUAUGAUAGUUUGCAACCAUGGAAAUCGGAUGGGACUCCUGAAAUUCUCACAGAACUCUCAACUCAUAUCAGUCAUCUCUUUGGGCACCUCUUCACAAAGUACAUUCCAUGUUUAGUGGAUAGGGAGUAUGAGGCGCAGUCAGACAAUUUCUCUUGUGGCUAUCGUGUGCUUGGUGCUUUAGUCGAUCUGGCUCGUCAAAAAAAUCCCUCCACUCAAAGAUACAGCCGUACAUCGAUUUUGGAGUUCAUGAGAGCUAUCCUAGCUGAACCUAAUCCCACUUGGCAAAUGUUCGAGACCGCGAAAUUUGGAAAAGUUAAGGAAUACAGUGGUGACUAUCGUGCUAGCAUCUAUCUCCUGAAUUCUACGUAUACAACGUCGUCGUCGUCGUCGUCCACAUUGUCUGGAUCGUCCCCGUACAAACGCACAGCAUCUACGGAUUCGUUGGUUUCACAGAAGUCAGGGUCGCAUUCCGAUGGGUCUUCGUAUGAUGGGAGAAAGAAUAGAAAGCACGUUCGACGGGCACAUGCUGGUCGCAAUCAGCAAACUCUAUUUGCUGAAUGCCAACCAAAUCAUGGAUACCGAUCACAUUUUGGAUAUCAUCAAAAUUCGGGACUCAUGACACCCUCUCUUGGUCAACCAUUCGUUCCCAUUGCUUAUAGGUAUCCAUCAUACGUUGGGCCUCCACCUUACCAUGUGUCUGCUCUUCCUCGCUCUCAACCGACAGUGGAACAUGGAUUAUUAGGAUACGUUCGGAACGGUUAUCAGAUGGUAGUGGAUAGCAUUUUCCAUCGAAAAUCGGAAUCAGAAGAUGUCGAGCCAGACAGAGGACAUGAAUAA